CCCCUGGAAAAUGCCAUGGAGACCCCGGGCAGAAGUUGCCAUAGUUACUGGCGGGGGGAGGGGGUGGGGUUUGAAGGAAGCGGAAGUGUCAGUGCAAGCGGAAGUGGUACUGCCCUGAAUAUCCCGAGCAGCGAGACGGAGGACGGAGAGAGACUCCCAUCGUCCACAGAUAAAAGCAGGAAUCAAAGUACAUUAAUAAUCGCGGACAUGGACAGGAGCGACCUGGUGCAGAAGGCCAAGCUGGCGGAGCAGGCCGAGCGCUACGACGACAUGGCGGCGGCCAUGAAGGCGGUGACGGAGCAGGAGCAGGAGCCGUCCCACGAGCUCUCCAACGAGGAGCGCAACCUGCUCUCGGUGGCCUACAAGAACGUGGUGGGGGCGCGGCGCUCCUCCUGGAGGGUCAUCUCCAGCAUCGAGCAGAAGACCGAGGGCAACGAGAAGAAGCAGCAGAUGGCGCGCGAGUACCGCGAGAAGAUCGAGGCCGAGCUGCAGGAGAUCUGCAACGACGUGCUGGGACUUCUGGACAAGUACCUCAUUGCUAAUGCGAGUCAGGCAGAAAGCAAGGUGUUCUACCUGAAAAUGAAGGGAGACUAUUUCAGAUACCUGUCCGAAGUGGCAUCUGGGGAGUCCAAGAAAACCACGGUGGAAAAUUCACAGCUGGCCUACCAGGAGGCCUUUGAAAUCAGCAAGAAGGAGAUGCAGCCGACGCACCCCAUCAGACUGGGCCUAGCUCUCAACUUCUCUGUCUUCUACUACGAAAUCCUCAACUCCCCGGAACAGGCCUGCACCUUGGCAAAGCUGGCCUUCGAUGAAGCGAUCGCCGAACUCGACACCUUGAACGAGGAUUCUUACAAAGACAGCACCCUGAUCAUGCAGCUACUAAGGGACAACCUCACCCUGUGGACAUCAGAAAACCAGGGUGACGAGGGGGAUGCCGGCGAAGGGGAGAACUAAUGUCGCCGCCCCCCCUCCCCGUUAACCUACCCAACACUCUCUCACACUCACACAGCCCAUACGUCCCCCACCCAUCCAGCUUCCCUUCUGUGCGGCCCACAGCGUUCUGUACCCGACCCAACGCCAGUGCCCCCCCCACAGCGCUCUGUACCCGACCCAACGCCGGUGCCCCCCCACAGGGCUCUGUACGCGACCCAACACCAGUGCCCUCACAGUGCCCCGGGAGCAGGGCAGGGGCCCCCCAGACCAGCUCGGCCUUCUGCCGGCUAACAUUAGCUCGGUGCCCCAGGCCCUUGUUCCUCCUCCUGCCCUCGCAGAAUCACUAUGUAUGUUUUUUAUUCCCCAAGCACACACUCCUGUAUUGCAGGGUUUUUUUCUUCUUUUAUUCUUGGUCCAAGUAGUUUGCGCGUUACAUUGUCCCUUUUUUUUUUUUACGUGGUAGUUAUUCCCUGUUUUUCUUUUUUAAUAUAUAGAAUAUGUACUGGCAUUUACAGGUUUUAUUCCAAGGUUAUGAAACUGGCAGUUUCUUUUCACCAAACACUGUGAUGCUUAUCUGGACCUCCAUCUCCUUUCUAUACACACAUAAACACACACACAAUAUAUAUAUAUAUAUAUACUAUAGAAAUACUAUAUGUAUAUAUUCACACACACAUAGACACACACUCAUGAAUAAUAUAUAUAUAGAGAGAUUGAGUUUGAAUACGCAAACACAAAGGUAAUUAGGGAUGUAAAAACAGGAUUGGGUACAGUUACGCUGUGGGCUCGUACAGAAUGGUCCAGCAGGCCGUAUUGUGACACUGACUAACGUGCAUUUUGCUGUGUAACAUUCGUCUUUUUGUUUUAUAUGAAAAGAACAAUAAAAAAAGGGACCCUUAGGUUUGCCAUUCCACAUCUGUCCAGUUUUUAAAGCAUUCCUUCAGAACAAUAAUACUGAAAAAAGGACCUUUGAACAGACUAGCCGUCAUUCUAUGGUGCUGUCCCGAGUACAGCCAACACGAAGGUGCUGUUUGCCAUCAGUACAGAAAACCUUAUCCUUAAAACGUCCCCCCCCCCCCUUUUCCUUUGCGUAAUAGUAUCUCUUUUCAGCAAAACAUAAAAUUGUAAAUUGUAAACAUUUUUUUUUAGGAGUAAAUAUAAAUCUGUCUUAAAAUGUUAUUGUCGUGAACCUGCUUGCAAUGAAACACCUUAAAGCCGUUACUUUUAAUUUCUCUCCGUCUGUUUUUCCCCAGCCUCUUAGAGGCCUUAUGCUGACUGUUCGAACUGACCAAUCAUUAAUUUCCAUUUCCUUAACUUAAGACCGCGUCGAUUACCCAGGUUAGCAAGCUUCAAAAUGUCAACUCUGUAAAGGAAGGUUUGAGUUAAAUGCGUCGGAUGUCCAGAGAACGGGUUUUUGUCGUAUCGUUUUUAUUUCUUGAUUUCUGCAGCUGAAGAAUUGAAUCUGUGACCAAGUUGACCGUUGUCUUGUUGGCGCUUUUAAAAGACUGGCCACGUCAAACGGUUGGGAGUAGAUCAAGGACCUGGAAAUAUGAAGUUUUAAUUCACUCAGUGUCACAAUACCUUGCCAUUGCCAUCGCAUUCCACGUAGGUGUAGAAGUCAUGUCUCAGUCUGUCUCGCUGAAGACUAUGUUUUCAUGCACUGAAGAGAAAUCUCCCCUUUAGCUGAACAAAAUGGCAGUUAAUCUACGCUUGAUAAAAAUUCAGUAGUGAAUGUGGAGCCGAAUCUGUCUGUAUAUCUGGUAUAUCUUCUUGCUUUGUUUUUACUGACCAGUAUUCCGCCUAAGUCUGCUUCUGUGACGGUUUUAUCGCCUAGCGCGCACGUGGUUGUGAAAAUUUAGAAUAGCUUAAAAAAAAGAAAACUAAAAAGACAAAAAAAUUAAUUACCUGGUUAUUGACGUAAUACUAGAUUUGUGUAUGUCUUUUAAAACGGUUCUAGUUUCACCUUACAUGUAAUAAUCAGGAAGUGUAAAAGACAAUUUAAAGUGAAAUAAAAGUUUUAUCAGUUCCAAA